GCGUGGGAAAACCCAGACCAAAUGAGCAUUAUUGGAUUUGAUCGAUGUGGGAGGCCAAAAUCCAAUUCAAUCUUUCUCAACCCACAUGCCUUUCGCUUACGCCUCAUAUUCUCGAUCUCCACGGAUUUGGCACAAGAAAGAUCAAGCACAAGCAAACGGGGGGAGAAAAAGGAAAUCAAGCGUAAAGCACAGAGAGAGAGAGAAGAAAGAAGAAAGAAGAAAGCAAAGGCAAAGCAGUGACUUGACUGACAACUGGCGAGUGGUUAGAGAGAGAGAGAAGGGGAGAGGGGGGGUCCUCUCUCUUAUUCUCUCUUCUCUCCGCUUCUGCUGCUGAAAAUUGGCAGCUCUCGACUUCUUGUUGCAGUUUUCAGCAUACCCACCAAAAUUUUCUGUUCAUUCGGCAUUGAUUUUUCGUUUGGGGACUUGAAUUUGAGGCCCGGGUACGAUGUCGGGAUUUGGAAUUCUUCGGAUGGUUUGAUCUCUGUUGAAAUGGGUUUGCUCUCUUUUGCUUUGAUUUGCAGUGAAUUUGUUGAUUUGUGUACGUUGUAGCGGUGGAGCGGUGAAAAGAAGGGGGGAAAACGGAAUGUGGGAUCUCAAUGAUUCUCCCGAUCAUGGAGGAACUGAUGAAUUUGAUGGGCAUUCGUCUCCGAAGACAUCGAUUGAAGGCGAUGAUGACAGAGCGAAAUGGGUGGCGUCGAUUUCCAACUCGAGCUCUUCGGCGGUGGUAAUGGAAGAUGGAUCCGACGCCGAUGAGGCCAGUGCCGGCGAGGGGGAACCGCUUGUCCAUCGGAAUGACUUCCCGCCGGCGACCCGGCAGUUCUUCCCUCUGGAGGAUUCUAAUGUCGGGGCGGCCUCAUCGGUUGGUGGCGGCGGUUCUGCUGUGUUCCCUCGAGCUCGGUGGGUGGGAGUGAAGUUCUGCCAGACGGAGCCUCUCGCCGCCGUGAAACCGGUGGCUAUUCUGCACCCAAUAAAGAAAAGCCGGCGAGGGCCCCGGUCCCGGAGCUCUCAGUACCGCGGCGUCACGUUCUACCGGCGAACUGGCCGGUGGGAAUCCCACAUAUGGGACUGUGGCAAACAAGUCUAUCUGGGAGGAUUUGAUACUGCUCAUGCUGCUGCUCGAGCCUAUGACAGGGCGGCUAUAAAGUUUCGAGGAACAGAGGCAGACAUAAAUUUCAGUAUUGAAGACUACGAGGAAGAUUUGAAGCAGAUGGGGAGUUUGACUAAGGAAGAAUUUGUACAUGUUCUACGGAGACAGAGCACGGGUUAUCCGAGAGGAAGCUCGAAAUUCCGAGGUGUGACCCUGCAUAAAUGUGGAAGAUGGGAGGCUCGGAUGGGCCAGUUUUUAGGCAAAAAGUACGUUUAUUUGGGGUUGUUCGAUUCCGAGAUUGAAGCUGCGAGAGCUUAUGACAAAGCUGCAAUCAAGUGUAAUGGCAAAGAAGCUGUUACAAACUUUGAUCCCAGCAUAUAUGAGAAUGAGCCGAGUCCAACAGAAUCAUCAUCAGGAAAUGUCUUGGAACAGAAUCUUGAUUUGAAGUUAGGGAAUUCAAGCUCAAAACAAGACAAUCUUACAUUUGGGAAUCAUUGCCAAAAUGGCACCAAAACUAUUGAUUUGCAAAAUAAAGAAUCCAAUCCUCUGGAAUCAAAUAUACUUGAGAAUGAUAAUGGUAGAAGGUAUAGGUUCCUUGAGAUGGAUAAAAUGCAGUCCCCUAGCCAAACAAAUCUCCGAUCUCCACCCUCCAUCGAGACGACGAGCCAUGGGCACUUCGAGAGACCUAUGGAAUCACAGACUCUUCACAAUUACUCUCCACACAUCAAUCAAUCAAACUCUCAAAUUCAGUUGUUAAGUAGCAGCAAUGAAGGAGGGGUAGGAAGUGAUGAACUUUCACUGUGUUUGAGUGAAGGCCACCAAUGGCAGCGAUCUGGUGGCUCUCAACAAUUUGCAAUUGCAACUGCUGCAGCAUCAUCAGGAUUCCCACAACUUCCACUUUCAUCUUCCCAAAAUUGGCUGCAGAAAAAUGGAUGUUUCUUAGAGAGACCCUCUUGAUUUCUUCAUUGUUUUUCUGCAUUGUCAUUGGAUCGUUUUUCGUUUUUCGUGUUUCGUUUUCAGUUUUCUUUUUCGGGUUUUUCGGUUUGUGAGUUCCUUCGUAAGCUUGUAAAGAUUGAUUCUUCUGAUCCAUUCCCAAUGAGGAACUGUGAAGGAAUAAAUGGUAUUUGAUUAAAAAAUUUGGUA